AUGGCAGUUACCAAAUUUGGACUCCUUGCCUUUCUCGCCGUGAGCACUGUUCAAGUCAGUGGCAAAUCUACUAUACAGCCGCCUGCUAGAGAUGCCGUACUCAACCAGGCGACGUCGCAAGGAUGCUUCAGCACUCUCCCAUCAGAGGCGGGUGUUGUCCAGGAUAGAACUUUCAUGUCAACUGGCCAGUGCUUGAGCUACUGCCAGAAAGAGAAGAAGAGUGUUGCUGUCCUUCAUGCAACCAAGUGCUACUGUUCGGAGACCUAUCCGGCUAAAACAUCGUUGGUGGAUGAUGAUCAGUGCAACCUUGGCUGCCCAGGAUAUCCUCGAGAAGCCUGCGGCGGCUUAAACCCGGAUGCCUACAGCGUGUACAACACAGGGAUUGAUUUGGACCCAGUGUACGAUACAGAUGAAGGCAAGAACGACGACUCGUCCACUGCUGGUUCUGGUACAACAACCCAGGAUGUAAAAACAGCCUCGGUUUCAACCAGUGUCCCCGAAACUACCACCGACGUUACCUCAGAGACCGAAACUUCAGAGAUCAGCACACCCACAGUUCGUGCUGAAGAGACUUCACAGGUCGCUCCCGUGGUAAAUGAAAAUACUGCUGCCGCGACCCCCAGCGCUUCUGCCUCGUCUGUUCCAGACAACGCCUCGCCGCGGCUCUCCAACCCCAUUGGCAAUAUUGUCAGAAUGAUUGCACAUCUACUCUGA